CACCGCCCUCUCCUCUUCCUCCUCCUCUUCCUCCUCCUCCUCCUCCUCCUCCUACUCACCCCCCCGUCUCAAGUGGCGUGCGCCCGCCGCGCGCGCGCUCUCGGCCAAAGGUGCUCGCCCGAGCAGGCCGUGAGCUAUUCCUUUGCACUUCCUGCCACACGUGCAUUUUGCCGUGUCCGUGUACUGUACAUUCCUUUCGGUUCUGACGGUUGGCCGCGAUGGGUCGCUCGGCCAAGGCCAGGCGCGCUGACAAGUCGUCGGAGUCAACCAGCCCGUCCAGGAGGACUUCACAGUCGAGAAGGUCCUCGCUGACGCCCAGGCGCCCACGCCGAGACAUUGAGCGCAUCUCGUCCAGCUCCUCUCCGCCACCCCGUGAUGAUAGGAGCAGGAGUGCAGGCGCCUAUUCUGACAAUCGGCCCCCUAUGUGGAUGAGAGAUAUAGUGGGAGAGGUUCGUGGGAUGAAUAACAAUAUAGCGAAGUUGGAACAGAGCAUGCAGCAAGAAAUGAUCACAUUCAAGAAUGCUCUCACGAUUCAUGACCAGAGUUUGCAUAAUAUGAAUGCGAGGAUCAUUGCAGUUGAGCGAGCACCGACAGCAAAGAUCAAGGAGGCCGUUGCGGCGGCGAUCGAUACCAAACUGGAGUCCGUGCAGAACCAGCUGGACGCGCUGAAGGCGGGCUCAGGUGCCUCUUCCAGUGCGGGAUCGGCUGACAUGACGGUUGAUGAAGGUGCUCGUCCUGCAUUUGUUGGUGGCGGUGGGGGUGGAGGAGGCCCAAGUCGACAGGCACCAUCGGAUGCUUGUGUGCGCUUCCUGGGGACAUUCCCGAGACCACUGCUGAAGAAGGCCAGGGAGAAACACUACAAUGAGACGGUUCUUGUGCGAUAUGCGCAUCUCUUGAAUGGAGUAACGCCUUUCUUCCAUGGCAUCUCGCAGAGCUACAAGCUCACCUUCCCGACCAGCGUUGCAGCGGAGACAUUCCAGCAGAGAUUCAACGAGGACGGCGGCCAUGACUUCAUGGACAAUCGCACGCAGAAGACAUCGUCGAUUCGCUGCCGUGCUGACCUCCCAGUUGACGCAAGGAUGAGGCAGCGGGCUUUCAAUGGCAUUUUCGAACCAUUCCUGAAUGAGUUGAAGAAGAGCCCCAGAUGGAGCCCCUCGUGCCGCUUGGGGGUGAACGGAUUCAAAGGUGUCCUAUUGGUUAGGGAUGAUGAAGACAUCUGGGAGAUUGUCGCGGCCAGGGACAAGUCGAAGUCUGACGUGGAGUUCAUUCCCAUUCAUGAGGAGCUCGCAGAGUGGGGAAUCAGCGCUGAGACGGCGUCCGCCAUCAUCGAGCGAGUACGUGCGCAGCUCUAGGCUGCACCACCAGGGCAUCUUCGGAGUGACCAAAGGGAUGCAGAACGCGGUGGUCUUCGCGAAGCGGAGGGGACGCUGAGUGAGGCCAGCAGUUCUGUUUUUGCCGCCCCGCAUGGGGGCGCCGUGCUUUCUGGUAGCAGCAGCAGUUGCAGCAGCAGCAGUCAAUUUUCUCAGCCAGGCAGUCAGUCCCCUCUCCCUCCCCUCCUCCCUCGUCCUCUUACAGUGGCCUACUGUUCUUUGUCUCACGCAAGCUGAUGUCGAGGUUUACUGCUGCGCAAUUAGAUACUAUAGUGCCUGG